AUGUCCCACACAGCAUCGAGUACUGUCACUGAACACCGAGAAACGGCCCCGGUGCCUGCUGAGGUCAAUAACACGGCCUAUGUGCCCAACUACAAUGAGACCGACUACAGCGAUUUCCUGUACCUGGCACCGUCUUUGUCGUCAGAGUUCCUCCCCCUGGAACCCACAGACAACAAGGCUGCUCGCACUAUGGUCAAGAAGUCCAAAGUCCGGCCUGCCGAGACAUUUAACACUGGCACCACACCUCCGCCUGCCACCCCGGCCGACGAGAAGUCGUACGCAAAGGCGACAUUCCCGCUGUCAGGGGGCCAAUCGCCGGCCGCAGACGAGAUGGCAAAGGCCGCCGAGAGACGGGAGCGGAGACCCAGCUUUGUCGAGGUCACGCCCGUCAAGGUCCACCAUGAGCACGACAAGCACCACAAAGACGCCCACGGCCACCACCACCCACAGAGAAGGCGGUCCUCGCAUGAGUCGGGGCCGAUGAGCUGGUGGCCCGAGAACGAGACCUUGGCCCAGCAUGAGUGGGUAGAGCAGAACGAGGAAGAGGAUGUCAUUGAGGACGACGUCUGGAGUGAUGCAUUUUACGAGUAA